UAUAAUGAUAACGAUGUUAAAUAUGUUCCCAGAAGGAAGGAUGCGCCGGUGAUUAAUGAGGCUGUUUUUCAGCUAGAGGAUGACGGUUUCCUGUCCUGCUGAAGUGUUGUUGAAGACAUGUGGUUUGUAAACUGGGGUGGAGUGAUUCCUGUGUUUUUAACCAACUAUAUUUAAAGAAAUAGUUCAACACAAAAUACACAUAUACACUGUAUUUCCAAGAGUUAGAUGAGAAUAUCAAUGCGACUCUCCUGUCUUUAAGCUGGAGCUGAUUUUGUUUGGAGGACUUGUUGCCAUAGCUGCAGGGCUCCUGCUGUCCAGCUGACCUCUGACCUUACACCUUCACUUCAGUAAUCAAUAAAGCAUAAAUCACAUUAUUAUUGUGUCCCCUUGAGCUAUCUCACAAAAAUGAGCUAAUUUCCUGCUACACAUACAGUCAUUUAGAUACCACCUAAUAAUAAGUCACUUUUUAAAAUGGGCUCACUAAUGGUUUUAUUCGUGGUUAAAAAUCAUUUUCCGAUGCUUUAAAACCACUGACAAGUUCAUUACUGAGAACCAUUGUUUGCCAGGUUGUGGAAAAUCUCUCUGACUCGUGUUUAUAUUCCUGCAGAAAAACACUUGCUUUGCCUUUUUAUUGUUUUAGUUCACAUCAAGCAGACUUCGUUGAUGAACCAUUCACCUCUGACCUUCUAGAAAAGUGCUACUGUAAACGCUCUUGUUAGGCUCAGUAGCCCUGUUAGCAGUGUGGCACCGUGGAUGGCAGUGCUGUCAGAAAGAAAAGAAAAUAAGAAUAAAUAAUCUUGUGACAGAUAUUCAUGCUUCCUAGAGGAUGAAUCAUAAUGAAUGUGUGAUUUCUGAGUGAAAUGUCUCAAUAGCUUUUGGAUGGAUUACAAUGACAAGUUGUUACAGACAUUCAUAGCACCCAGAGGAUGAAUCCUAAUGACUUUAUUGAUCCUCUGAUUUUCCUCUAGUGCAACCAGCAGGUCAAAGUUUUUACUUACCUGGAUAAAUAUCUCAUCAUCUUCCUGUACAGACGUUCGUGCUUCCCAGAGGAUGAAUCAUAAUGGAUUUCUAGCACCACAGUGAAGUUGACAUUUGUGGUUCUGAGUGAAAUCUCUCAACAGUUAUUGUUAUAAACUUUUUACUGAGCACAAUCAUCUUUGACUAAUUUGACUAAUACUGAAAAACUAAUUAAAAGAUUCUCACAACCUGGUCACUAAAAAGUUGUUCUUAUUAAUGGCUUAUAGCUGAUCUAUUAAGUCUUCAUCAGCAGUUAAUUAAGGCAUUAGUUACUGCUCAUAACCCCUUUAUAAAGAGUGUCUAAUGAGACAGUAGCACUGUAAUUUGAAAUGUCUCUACUCACUUGCCGCCUCCUGCCUCUCAUCUGAUUAGCGUGCAUGUGCCUGGGAACACUGAAGCUGGCUCGGUAAUAAGCAUUAUAGGGCGGUCUGCCGGAGCUCAGUCCGUGGGAGGGGUCUGCCGAACCUUUCCCUCUAAUUGACCAGGGAGCAGAAGCAGCCGGGGAUGCGAGCAGCCACAGACGGGGAGAGAGAGGCGGACGCAUGGGCUUGACAAAUCGGAAAACCAAGCCCAUGUUCAAAUGGCUGAUGUCGAACUGUUGUACUUUGAUCAACCCGAUCAGAGGGACACCUCCCUGGUUUCAAAUAAGCAAAGUAUCACGGAGAUCUGCGGCGGAAAGUCACUUCAUCCCGGCGGAGGAGAGGGUUCAGCACCAUGGACAGAGAGCCGGAGAGCUGCGCGGCCGGAGGAGGAAACAGAAACGUCUUUCACCUGCAAACACCAAGAGGGUGAAGAUGGUGAUGAUGAUGUCCGGCUGAUAGGGACAAGUCCACAAACCUGCAGACUGAGUCCGAGCUCCUCAAGUGAACUGUACGAAGAGGAGGAGGAGGAGGUGAUGGAGGAAGAGGAGGAGGACAUCCCGGAACUUUACUUGCUGUCCGACGACGACCUCUCCUCUGACGGCUCGGGCAAGUCGGUGGAUUACGGCUUCAUCAUCGCCGUGACCUGCCUGGUGACCGGCAUCUCUCUGGUCGCCAUAUCCUACACGAUCCCCAGGGACGUCCGAGUGGACCCGGACAGCGUGUCCGCCCGGGAGAUGGAGCGUCUGGAGAGGGAGAAAGCCAGAGUGGGGGCCCAUCUGGACCGGUGUGUCAUAGCGGGACUGUGCCUGCUCACCCUCGGGGGCGUGCUGCUCUCCACCCUGCUCAUGAUCUCCAUGUGGAAAGGGGAGAUGAUGAGGAGGAAAGCGUUUGCCUAUUCCAAACACGCGGCGAAGUUGUACGGCUCGAUCAAUUUGAGAGCAGGCUCCAGCCCGACUCGGGAAUCCUGCUCACAUUUGUCAGUGGCUGAUGAGGAUUUAGAAGUGCUCAGCUGAAUUUAUGGACACGACAAGCGGAAAAGACUCUGAAAAGUGCUUAGAAAAUCCUACCAGUGCUGUCCUAUAAUCGGGGAUGUAGAGGGGGUUUAAUGCCUUUUUUAUUUCUAACAACUGAGGCAACUUUUUUGGUUGACGCAGACCUUUAUUUAAGAGCUAGGUUCACAUUUUUCAAGUCUGUCUUAAUAGAGUACUCACAUCCUCAUAUGUACACUGACAGAGUUCUUGGUUGCUCUAUGUGGCUGUGAAGAGACCCAUUUGAAUGUAAAUGAUUGGGGAGAAAAUCCAGUUUUCUUCUUAUGUAAAAUCUAAGUUAAGCUCAAGCUAACAUCAGACAGCUGGAUUUGCAGGAGCUCAGACCAAAAACAGACCUGUGUUAAAACACCUGCACUGGAGGAGGUGUGUUACUUUUACCCCUGAGACAUUAAAUACAAUCCAGGAAGUCCAAUUUGAGUAACAGGUAAUUUAAUUUUAAGAAUCAGAUGACCUAACACUGCAUAAAGGUUUAUAAGAGAGAGGAUUUCACAGCCCUGGUUGUCAUGGUGGUGAUUAUUUUACCUUUUGUCAUGUUGAUUACCAGGUAGAAACACAGCCUUCACAUUGAAAAGUAAUUGACCAGGGAUGUGUGUUUGAUUGGCCAACACAGCAUCUUGUCAGUGCCUUUUUUUGCCAGAUCCUGUGGCAUUGGCAUCUUUGCAUCAUCACAUUCAAAUGAACCCGAGGAGACUGUGUUCUUUCACAAAGUGCUGCAACUGGUCUGAAUGAGGCCUCAAGUCAAAUCAGUCUGAAAUCCUCCAAAGUUACAGUCUUUUUAGUACAAACUUUAUGUUGCUAUCCCUCCACCACAGCUCAGCAUACUAAAAAGACCUAUAACUCUGGGAGACAGCCACUUACAUCAGACUGCUGAGGCCUCAUAUUAACUUCUGCUAAAAUGCUGUUAGAUCAGUAGUGGAUCUCUUCAGGGCCAGUUUGGGCAAAAGGAACAUUUUCAGUGUACAUAUGUGUGUGUUAGUAUACUGUAAAGUAAGAACUGAAAAAGUGUGAAUUGAUCUUUGAAGUUCACAGCAGGUCAGAUGUGAUGAGGAGCUGUACAGAAUUAUUGGAAAACUUCUGGGCUUCAUAGUCAAGAUAAAACCUGAAAUAUUCUUUUCUGAAAUAUAUAUUUUGUUUACAUUGGUGGUUGGUGGUUUGUCUUAUGAUGAUCUUUGACCCACCGUUUUGUUUACCACUGUAUCACUGCUUCUAAUGAUGCUGCUAUCAGUGAAUUCAUGUUUACAUGCCAGCGCAGACUAGCGCGCUGAAGGCCUGUGUACUGCUGGCCGCCAGGGAAAUCAAACCUGAAACAGGAGCGGUGUCACUGUUCCGGCCUUCAUUUUCCACCUUGUCAGAAACGGCACUUGAACUGAAUUGCGGCUAACGAAGCUGUGCAGAUCUGGUUUACAAAAGACGACAACUGCAUGAAUUUGUGUUGAACUCCAAAGAAAUUCUGUUUAAUAUAAUUGUGACAUGCUGAAGUGAUGCUUGUAUUUGCUUGGGGUUUGUUUGAAUGCAAAUAGUAAUACCACAGGAGGUGUAAUUAGAUUUUGUGGUUGAGCACUGACGUUGGGGAAGCUCAGUUUACACCAAAUACACUCGGGGGUUUUGACUGCAGAUGUUCAAAAGCACACAGAACAGAGAGAGAGAGGGAGAGAAUCAACAAACCCCUGGGGGAAAGCUCUCCUGGUAAUUGGUGUUACUUAAUUGCUCGUGGGAGGCCUGUGAAUCAGUGACAAAAAAAAAAAAAGAAGCUCAGUACAAUUUAACAACUGCCUCAAUCAAGCCUGCUUCACCCUUAUCAAAAACUGAACCAUUCCAGCUGCAACGCUGGAGUGAAAUGUUACAUUACAUUCAAAGGAAAGGAAGUAAUGGAUUGCCUGCUCUGACAGAAGAUGCUGUGAAUGAACAAUUGCAUCCCCUGCUCUCAGUGUGCAGAAAGCUGUGCUGUGCAGCCUCUGUAAUUGGGAGUGCUUACGGCCAGUGGGAUCACAUUAUCCUCCACACGACCUUCACUCAUUCUCAACUCGUUAAUGUAAUUGAAUAGGUGGAAUAAGCUGACCUUUUAAUAAAAUAUUAAGUUGAUUUCUUAUGUUAAUCUGCACUCAUUUAAUGUUAAGGAAUAACAGUUUACAUCCUGGGGGUGGGGUGGGGGUUGCUCACAGGUGUCUGUUUGUCUUUGCUUGUAUGAAAGGAAAACUCCCGUCUCAGAUGAGGUGUUUUGUGAUGAAGUGUUCGAGGAUCCCCCCACCACCACCUCUCUUCAGCGUGACUCAUCCGUUUCAGCUGGUGAUUUCUUACAUUUCCCCAGAUUGACUUUUUUUCAACAGCCAUCGGAGAACAGCUGAAUUUAGUACGUGGGGUUGGAGAGAGUGAUAUGGCAUAGUAAAAGCUAGCGAGGGAGUUUUCACAGUUUGCGAAAACAUGAGAGUCAGCCCUCUAAAUCAAAACACAACCUGCAAUGCAUUCUGGACUAUUGACCCUACUGUCUGUGCGGAUAUUAGCCUUUCCAGGGCUUGUUCAGUAAAAUAGAUUUCUCCCUACUGACGAUAAUUCAACAGUCUAGAGAGAAAAUGUUACUCUUCACUUUGGAGGGAUUUGACGCCAGUACUUGACAUUAACUGCUGAAGUGGUAGAUACUUGUAGAUUUGUAUGUAACUAUGCUGGAAAUGUCUAACUCUGACAUCACAUCAUCUAUGUGUAUGGUAAUUAUGGCCCUGGAAAUAAAAUCAUGACUUUUUAACAGCUAUAAGGUAAAUUUUCUCCUUUAAAACACCCCGAUUAUUGGACAUAACAAUCUCACCACAAGGUCCAUGCAGUGGUGGUAGUAGUCCUGACCUGAUUGUGCUGGGAUGGUUUAUGUCAACUACUGUUUCUUUAAUCCUUAUUUGUUUUAUUUUUUUCCAUUUGCCAGUUAGCUCCAGUUAACACAGUAAUCGAUUGAGUUGACUGUCAUAGAAAACUAAGAAAGUAUUGUUGGUUUCUGGAUGCUGAGGGCCAUAAUCAAGCCAGUAUGUAUGGAUGGGGUCCAACAGGGGCCCCAUAGGAGGUUUAUCUGGACAUGGUUACUGUGUGUAAAUCUCCAUUUACCAAGCACUUAAGUUUAAACUUAAGAUCAGCUUUGGCAGCCAGUAGCACUGUGUGGGUUUGAUCAGGUUUUAUUGACAGUGGCAUCUCCCUGGUAACAUAAGCAAAACAGCCAACAACUGUCAUCAUAUUCUGUCUCUAUUUGUUCUGUUAUUAAAUUCUGAUUGGUUUGUGGUAAAA